GGUAUCUAUUUAUUUAUAAUUAUAAUUUUCUUAUUCGGAAACCGAUUACAUUUCGCAAGGAUAUAGUUAUAGCCACGGAUGUGGGAAAUCGUUGUAUUCACAAGCGACAACCCGCACCGCCAGGGAAUCUUCCUAAGAAAUGGAUUCUGAAUCGCCCUCAACUUUCGACUCGGAGGAUUACUCUCCAUCUGAUAAAAGGAGCAGAACAGUGGAAGAUUUCAACAAAUUCUGCACUUUUGUGUUAGUUUACGCUGGGUACAUCCCUUGCCCCCAGGAAGAUUUGCCUCUCCGGACCAGUUCCAGUCCUCCCAACAGUACAGGCAGCACAGCAGACAGUGAGACCUGGGAUCUUAGCUACAAUGACCUUCCACUCUCCGUCCCUUCCAAAGUUAAGCGCACAAAAACGUUAACAGGCUUCAAGCGAGCCAAACCCUACUCAUUUCUGAAGCAUCACAAAUCCACUGGCUUUCUGCUGCCUGCCUUCAAUCGGAGGAAGCCUGACAAGAUAAAAAGAAAGCACAAGGUGAGGUCAAAAGAGGAGGGCCUGAGGAUAGAAGAAUCAGACAUCGAGGAAACCGUCAAGCAGGAAAUAUCUGACCUGAAUCCAGUGUCCAAAUCAGAAUUCACUGACCAUGAUGCAGAGGACACAAUACCAGCCCCUAUUAUCACAAAGUCCCUCGUCACUGAACCCCUCGUCCCUGAACCCCUCGUCCCGGAACCCCUCGUCCCGGAACCCCUCGCCCCGGAACCCCUCGCCCCGGAACCCCUCGCCCCGGAACCCCUCGCCCCGGAACCCCUCGCCCCUGUACCCCUCAUGGACAUCCCAAGUGAAGGCAAGGAUGGUUCUUGUGUACCAGUCACUGCAACAGAAACGAAGAAUGAGACGAUAGAAAGUGAAAAAGUGGAACGACACAGAACGGUUUUCCGUCAGGGAAAGCAGGUUGUGUUCAGAGAUGUGGAUACAACAGGCAAUGAUGAGGACAUCAUGGUGGAUUCUGAUGAUGACUCCUGGGAUCUGGUGACGUGUUACUGCAUGAAGCCAUUUGCUGGUCGGCCAAUGAUAGAGUGUAAUGAAUGUGGUACCUGGAUCCACCUGUCCUGUGCCAAAAUCCGGAAGUCCAAUGUCCCAGAAAUGUAUGUCUGUCAAAGGUGCCGAGACUCCAAAUGCGAUAUUCGACGAUCAAAUCGAUCCCGGACCGGUUCCAGGAAGCACUUCCUUGACUGAGUUUUCUGAAGUUAGCGUUCUUGGUUUGUUUUGUAUCUGGGAGAGAAUUUUGAGAUGAUAAUGAGGCAAAAAAAGCCUUUUAAGACAAAAGAGACUGAUGGACUGGCUUGGAGAUUUCCAUCCAACCGUGCAAGAAUUGUCUGCUUUUUUAAAUUUUAUCUUUCUCUUCACCUUCAUGAACUCCAAUUCAGAGCCCAAGAGACUAGGGCAAUUAAAUCAAUGAAAGUCUUGGCUAGUCCAGCACAAUUGAGCUUGGGCAUAAGGGGUGAGGUGGGGUGGGAUGUAUGGGCAAAUAUGCUGACUACUGUAAACAACAUUUCCUUUCCCUUCUGAUCCUUCCAUUGGUUAUCAUCCUGACCACACCAUCUUUGGAGUCUAAAAGACCAAAAUCCACAACAGAAAGCAAGGAUGGCAAUAAUCCUAGAUCAUCAUUCCCAUCUUUUCUCUGCAGUUCUUCCUCAAGCAAACGAAAGGGGCCCAGUGCAAUAGACAAAGCCUUAAAGCACUCUAAAUUUGUCAAAGGGGAAAAAAUAACUAAUACAUAUAACUAGUGGCCUGGCAUUUAACAGUGCAAUAAAACCAGGUGAUGCUGUAAAUAUACUGCAGUUCUGUCAUAUUUAAGUCAGUAAAGGCAGUUUAAUGUUUCAUGAAUUCUGACCAAGAUACACGCACAUGUGAUGCCAUGACAUCCCUCUUCACACAUGUUGAUGGCUUUGCUGUGUAUUUCCUGCAUUUUAUGAAUUAUUUAAUUCAUAUUUCCAGCAUUAGACAGUUGUUACUUUGAUACAAGAGAAAACAAUGGCAUAUUUUAGAAUAAAUGAUUUGCCCUCUUCUGCAUUUAAAAAAAACUUAACAUCAAUUACAAUCCAACCAGAUCUAAAUAUUCUGUCUACAAAGUUAAAAAACAGUGUUAAAAUUCUGUGGCAAGUGGGUGGGGAAGUCAUGUACAUACUGGGUUCAUUUGUCGUAGUAUGACUGACAUUGUUAAAAAUCGGGAAAGCAAUUCGGGAUUUUAUUUUGAGAAUCUUUCUCAUUUAAAAAAGACUUUAUACAGUUUUCAAUGCCUAAUAAUUUGGUACUAGAAACAAAACAAGGAUUUUUUUCCCCCACUAAAACAUUAUGAGCCAGUUUUUCAAAUGAGCAUUGAAUUAAUUCCCUCCUUUGCAUUGUUUAAACUGCUGGUCCUAUUUAGCUGUUGAGCGAUCCGUUAAAAAUUUAGUUUGGACUUGGUGCAUUAAAUAAAUUCCUACCAGCUUGUAGUCUUUUGGGUCUGUUGUGGCACCGUAUUGAAAUUAAUUCUGGAUAUUAAGCCAAAUUGAAAGUUAAUAUGAGAAUACCAUCACCUAUUAAAGUGUACCCACUGCCUUCAUUUGUUUUUUAUUUUGUACUUUGAGAAACAUUAAGGGGGUGUCUUUCUCGAGCACCCUACUCUCUUUUUAUACUGCAAAAUGUAUGUUGCCAUAAAAAUAUUACACAUGUAUUUCUAUUCUUAAUGUUUUAUCCUACGGAUAUUUGCCAAUUUGGAUCUUCUCAAUCUUGGCUCUAGUGAAGUCACUGACAAGAAAGCCCUCCCACUGCAUUUUUCAGAACCGAUCAAAGUGCACAAAGGUUCUGCCCAUCUUUGUGGGUGAUGAAAGUAUGUGAAAUGAAAAUCCUUUCCUUAAUCCACACUCCACUUUUUUCCCCAAUCAGGUUUUCUAUCUGUCCAAGUUAACCAAUGUUUUAAAGUCACUAAAUAUAACAAUGGAGAUAAAGAUAUAGUGAGUACUAAAAUAUGUCUGACAAUCAAUCCACUUCCCACCAAUGCACAACAGAAUCAUUUUCCCCCUCAGCAACUCACAACCAAAUAAUAGAAAUGUAAUCUUAGCAAAAUAUACCCCUCUCCCAACAAGAAAAAUACAAACUGGUAGUCUCCUUUGUUACUGAACCACCUCAAAUCUACCACCCCCCCCCCCCCCCCCCCCCCCCCCCCUGUUAGUUUUGGGUUGUGAGAGGCAGUAUGUUCUCUUGGGCUUGAGUGUUAAAAUUCCCAUCUAAAAUCAGCCAAGAUAUCAAAAUCUGUGAUUGCUGGUAUUUGCAUAUUUGCAUAGUUGGACAAUGAGCCAGCCACAGUUUAGGACGGGUAUAGAAACAUAGAAAAUAGGUGCAGGAGUAGGCCAUUCGGCCCUUCGAGCCUGCACCGCCAUUCGAUAUGAUCAUGGCUGAUCAUCCAACUCGGUAUCCCAUCCCUGCCUUCUCUCCAUACCCCCUGAUCCCUUUAGCCACAAGGGCCACAUCUAACUCCCUCUUAAAUAUAGCCAAUGAACUGGCCUCAACUACCUUCUGUGGCAGAGAAUUCCACAGAUUCACCAUUCUCUAUGUAAAAAAUGAUUUUCUCAUCUCGGUCCUAAAAGACUUCCCUCUUAUCCUUAAACUGUGGCCCCCUUGUUCUGGACUUCCCCAACAUCGGGAAUAAUCUUCCUGCAUCUAGCCUGUCCAACCCCUUAAGAAUUUUGUAAGUUUCUAUAAGAUCCCCCCUCAAUCUUCUAAAUUCUAGCGUGUCCAAGCCGAGUCUGUUAACCAUGGAGAAUUCAUUCACCCACAUUCAGUCAAGGCUUGAUAUGUGAACAAUGGCCAGCUAAUAGAGGGUGACUGCUCCCUGUUGAACUGUUUAAAGAAAAGCACCACUUUCACGAAAGAAGAUCCAUAUCCUACAAUAUAGACAUAGUAAUUCGUAAAGGGUCCCAGAAACAUGUCAUGAUUAAGUAAAGCAUUGUUGUAAGAUGUUCCUUGCAACAUGCUCAAAUCUCAUUCUACCGCAUUCUUUUGGAGGAAAACUCAUCCAAGUCCCCCAACUUCAAUUAACUUAUUUUAUUAAAAGUGAGGGUGAUUUUAUAAAGCUGCAUUGUGACUUUACAAGGACUGGUGAGUGCUCUUGCUCCCAAUGGGAAUAUCUGCAGUAGAUUGUCAUGCAAGCCUAAGUCUCUGAUUUAGGGACACUGCAGUGAUGUUGCAGGAAAUGUUGAAAUGUCUCCUUGGAAGAUUUAUCAAAGCGGAACAAAGAAAACCUUGUUUCUGUGAAACUUUGUACGUGUAUAUCGGAAGUUAUUUUGUAAAUAAAGAUUUAACUAUUGGUAUUUUAA